UGGAAUAUGAGAAUGGUGGAAGACGAUGGUGAAAUUGACGAAGAUUUUCCUGCCAAACAAAAUGAGGCGGCUUCGAAUAAAUUGAGGGCAUCCACUUAUAAAGAAAAUACUACCUCACCUAUCAAGAAUGGGACUACUGAACCUGCGCUUGAAAGUGGCGGCAUUAUGAGUAAUAAUAGCACGUCCAAAGGGAGUGCAGUUGAUUUUACCAACCAAAUAUUUUUGCGUGUUCGAGUUACCCUUAAUCCAAAUGAAGAAGUUGCACACACGACCACUGUGCCUGCACUGGCUAACACGCCCUUUCAGGACGUUUUGGAAUCGAUUUGUCGUAAACGCAAAUUGGAUAUCAACAAGUAUACGUUAAAAAUUGCUGAUACUGAUAAAUACAUAAAUAUGGAAAAGACAGUUGAAAGCAUUGGGAAUGCUAAGGAGCUUGCACUUGUAGAGAAAUCCACUAAUGGAACGUCAACUGCUCCUGAAGUAACGCCACCAAGUCCGACAGCAAUUGAUGGUGAUUAUAUUCAUAUAAUGCCAUCGGAAACAAGAACAAUGUUUGAAUCAGUGAAAACGUCAUCAUAUCAUAUCACAUCAGUGAUGUCCUGUAAAGUAAAUAAAAAGGCUCCUGCCAAUUUCAAACUGGUGAUAUAUCGGGAUUCUGGAACAAAAACAUAUGACUUUGAGGCAGAGUCGACGAAGUUGGCUA